CUAAUUGUGACCACCUAGCCGGCGCUCCUGAUUCAAGGAUUACCUGGUUUGGCAUUACGUAACAUUGACCUUCGCUUUUUGUAUUAAAAUCACAAAAAUGGCGCGAUUUUAAAUAAACUUUAAAAAUAGAACACAGUAAUUUUUAAAUUAAAUUUUCAUAUUGUUUGUAGAAGUAAAAAAAACUGGCCAAUUUUUUUAAACAUAUUUUUAUUGUUCUUUCCAGCCAGUAACUUUUUUUUUACUUUCAGUUAUUAUUAAAGUGAUAUCUAACUAUACAACAAAAUAAAAGUGCAUCAAGGUGAAUUUAUGAAUAAAAGUGUUGUUUUCUUUUUCAACCCUGUAACUAUGAAUGUGCAGUAAUCAGUUAUCGAUACCAGGCACUCGUAAUCUUUUUAUCUAAUGAUGAUAAAUUAUACAUGGAACACAGUCGCUUGCUGAAGUUCCUUGUGCCCGGCCGCAGUCAAUCCACAGAGAUGGCAGAAACACCAUCAUUCAAAGUACAGUACGAGUACCAAAACCCGGAAAACGUGGAAUCCGAAGUACCAGGCUCUCAGAAUAUCAGAGAGAUUACCGAGAAGGCCCACGAUGAGACCACAGAUGGCGCUGAAAUCCAAAACGGAGGCUACAUGAUCACUCGCAGUUACACGGAACAAAGCGGGACUGUGGAGGGAACCACAAUAACAAGAACCACUGUCACUCUCUCAACCAACUCUACGAGCCAGGAGCUGGUCAGAGAAGAGAAAACUAUGGUGUCCUCGGAAAAGACGGAAGCAGAAGACUCGAGGCCGAAGACUAAAAUACCGAAACUGAAGUUCAGACAGGCUGCUGAACGAGUGAAGAGAGAGAGAAGAUUGACUAGAGGGCUGACGGAACACGAGACUCACAUCCCAGUGCCAGCAACCCCGACCAAACUGUCGCGACUCAGCAAAAUACCACCACCUACCACCAAACCCGUAGUCCACAAACGCGACAGCGAAGAUAUAGAAGUAAUGCGGCCCGAUGAAGAAUUCGACAAAAUAUACGAGGAAAUUAUAGAGAACACACAAACCGACAUCGAAGUCAAACAUCCGGAAAUAAUCGAAAGUAAAUUCGAAGAAAUAAUUCAUGAUUAUGACGAAAACAAAGUUCAACCCAUCAAUGUUGAGAAGAUCAGGCAAAGCAGAAUACCUUCGCUUCGACGUAGGACCUCGGAACAAGCCGAAUCUAAAACAGUAGUAGUUAGUGAGAGAACUAAAAGCAGAUCAUUACCCCGGUUGAAAGAAAUUUCUAUGAGAGUCAAAGAAGAUGAAGGGCUGGGUCCAGUGAAAUAUUCUAGAACAAUUUCAACAGAGAACACUGGAGGAGGACAAAGGAGCGUUGUUGAAACUAGAAUUAUUAAAAAUCCAGACGUAAAGACAAAAGUUUCUAAAAUGAUUACAACUCAAACCAUCACCGGAGGGAAGGAAUUAAAUAAAAAUAUAGAGGGCAGCUCAAAAACUGUUACUGUGCACAGAACUGUACAAGUAACAAGUCAGGGUGCGGCAUCAGUUAGUAUUGAUAAAAAUAUUGAUCAAUCAAAUAUGCUACAGACUGAAAAUAUAAUGAAGGGGUCGAUUAGUAUAGGCUAUCCUACUUUUGAAGCUAAGAUGACAGAAAACAGCAAUGAAACGAAUAAAACCUCAACAGAAAUACGCGAAAGUGUCAAAAAUAUAAAUACUGAAAGCAAAAAUAUUACCUCUGAAGAGAAUAAGAUGGUUGUGCAACAAUCUCAGAGUAAUGUCUCGCUAACUACCAGCAAACUGGAGUCUAAUAUUAUUACACAAGUAACUACUACUAAAUCAGCAUCUAGCUAUGAACGGACUACUGGUGCUAAAGAGAUAGUAAGCAAUAAAAUCUAUACAAAUGACAAUAAUAAUACUGUCGAAAUUACAGAAUUAAGCCCGACCAUUGAACGUAGUAUGACUGUCACUAGUGUUGUAUCAACCGGAAAUGAUGAUGGACAAGUAAAAGAGAUAGAAAAACCUAAAACACCUACGCCUGAUAAGAAUAGUCGAACAAUAAUUACUGCGGAACGUAAUUUUGUAGAGGUUAGAAGUAAAAUUCCCACCAUUGAACGAAGUACGACUGUUACUCGUAUCAUAUCUUCAAGUAAUGAUGUAAAUGUAAAAGAAAUAAAAGAUUUUAAGAUAGAAGAGAGCAGCACUGUCGACGAAAUUACGACACAGCACAAUCUUGUGAAUACUGUUGGCACUACUACUAAAGCAUCAUCAAGCAUAGCCAAUGAAGAAAAGAUAACCAUAGAAGAACCUAAGUCACCACGGAAAGUAAACGGCGGUACUUUCGAAAAAGUAACAACAGAAAGUAAAAUUGUCAAUGUCCUGAAUAAAACUCCUGCCAUAGAGCGUAGUACAUCUGUAACACAUACAACGGAAUCCAACAACAUAAAAACACAGGAUAUAAAAUCUCCUACAGAUGAUAAAGAAGAGAAUUUGGAAAAAACUAUUGCGAGAAAGACAAUUAUUUCAGCCAUCAGCAAACAGGUGAAUGAAUCGCGAGAAAGUGCUAGAGAAGUUGUCAUGAGUAAAAAGGAGGAAAGCAUUGAAUCCACCGCGGUGUUGAAAGAGGCGAAUGUGGAAAACUUAACAACUAAGGAAAAUAAAGUCGGAAAAUUGAUUCACAGGAUUGAUUCAACAGAACAGACUUCAGAGAUAAAGAGCAAACACCAAGUCGAUGAAUUUCCGAAGAAAAAGUCUAUUCUUUCGAAAAUUGCUAUGUUCGAGCGCCAAGAUGUCGAGGACCGGGUGCCUAAAAAGAAACCUGAAAAUCUUUCAAAACUUGUAAUAAAACAUCCACCACAAAAAGUUGCGCACCUUCAUACACCGACUAUAGUGGAAGAAGUGUUAAAAAUUCGAGACGAUUCCCCCCUCUCUGCUAACAGCAAUAAAGACGUUAGUCCUUUGAAACCAGAACAAGUUACUACACUAGAUUACAACAUAAAUACAGAAAUGAAACAAGUUGGCGAGAAACACAGCAUCGACAUAAUCCAAGGGUUUAAAGAUGAAAGUUAUUACAAAUCCAAGUCCAUUACAGACAUUGACUAUAGGGUAAAGGCAGACGAAUACAAGCAAAGAGUCGAAAUGACUAAAGUUAUUUCAAGUCUAGCAAGUCAAGAUAAUAAAAAUAACCACGUAUCAUCAUCCGAUAAUAAACUGCAAGAAACACAAAAUGUUGAAAACAAAACUAAACAAGACGUUGAAAUAAGAAAAGAUAUCGUUAUUUCAAACAGCAAUAACGACGUUGGUUCUGUAAACCCUGACCUAGUAGCCACGCUCGAAUACAAAUUCGACAGCAAUAUUAAUAAUCAAAGUAUGCAAAAUGAACAAGAAACCAAAACAAAUGUCGCGAAAACAGUCACUAUAACAAGUAAUAAUAAAGAGUAUAGUGCUGUAACACCUGAUCGACCACGGACAAUUGAUUAUCAAUUCAAAGGAGUAAACAGACUUACUAGUGAAUUUGAACGCAGAGUUGAAGUGAGUAAGGACAAUAAGUUUGUUUCUAAAGACAUUAAAAUACAUCACAGACCUGGGCAAAUUGCUACGAUGGAUUAUAGAUUCGAUAGUGUUGUUAACACUCACGAAUUAAAUAAAAACAUUGAAUCAAAUGAACACAUCGCUGAAAUUACAAGACUGGAAAAGGAGGAUAUUCCUAAAACACCUGAAUCGGUUACAGCAAUCGAUUAUAAAUCCAACGUUGAUAUCACAGUACAGGACAUCGAAUAUGAGCAAAUUACUGACAAAACCGAGGAGAAAUCUGUCAUUGUUUCAGAAGAAAAAGAAGAAAAUAUAGUAACUUCUGAAGCACCAACGAUUCAAUACACAUUCAAGGACGUAAAAAAACUUGCCACCGAGUAUGAGCAAAAAGUCGAAUCUACUAAAAACUUAGAAGUACACUCUAGAACUGACACUUUAAGUCCUGGUCUAUUGAACUACGAAUCUAAAAUUUUCAGCAAAUCAACUGAAAGCUUAGGAAAAGUCAUGACAGAUGCUCCUGUUAUUUUUGUUACACCUAAAUCUGACCUUCAAAUAAAUACAAAUAUCAGUAAAGAAGACGAUACGAUCCAAAUAACAACACAGGCAAAAGAAGCUAUAGCACAUAAAGCUGCUGAGAAUAGCGAAAUUCAGUUGGUGAAACAAAUAAGCAGGGAAUACAAAGAGGCUAAAAUUGAUGAUAAUAGAUUUAUUGAAAGAGAAAAUGCACAUUCUUCUGCUCUUGAAAGAUCUAUUAGCCUGACAAACCAAAAUGCCAAUUCUAAUGUCUUUAAAAGAUCUACGAGUCUGACAACAGCUGCAACGCAAUCUAGAAACAUCAGCAGUACAACAAUUAACACAUCAAAAGCUACGUUUACACAAUCUUCUACUAAUGUUUCUAGUGGCAAUAUUGAAUUUAGAGAAGCAAGAAUUGACGGCAACGUAAUUGCAAAUGUCCAGUCUAGUAAUGUACAAAUAUUAGACAAAACAAAAGACAGUUACAGUGAAACUAAAACUGUAAAACCAAGAGGAUACGUUAUUAAGCGAGAAGGGGACUUAGCUUACGCCAGAAUUCAAGAAGAAGCAGAGCAAGGCGAUGAAAUACGGAUGUUUGAACAAAGUCCCAAACUACCGAGGACACCUGUGAAAGAGACUUCUUCAACCGUCACCAGAAAAUUCAAGAGCAUAGAAGAGAAGAAGAAAUAUUACGCAGAUGUAGACAUCAACAAUGUUAUAAAGGGAAAAGUCAGCAGGAUGAUAUCCAGGAUGACGUCGGUGGACCGACAAGAGGUGGACAAGAAAACCAUAGAUAUUAAGGAGAUGCCGCGAAAGAUGUCUGUGUUGGAGAAGAUAGCGAUGUUUGAGAGUAAAGCAGCGGCUAGCAAGACGCAAUACUCAACCGUCAGCCACACCAGGGUCGAGAAAACGAAACCCCAGGCUGUGAAUAUGACGCAGGAGGAGCUGGACGAGCGAGUGGCGGAACUGAAGAGCGCCAGGCUGAUGUUUGGCAGGAUUGAGAACGUGCCCAGUAUGCUGCUCAGGAAUGGCGUGGAGAUGCCGGUCCUCGCUCUUGGAACAGCUACGCUGGACCCUCGCCUGAUCCAGCACGUUAUAGGUGCCGCAAUAGACCUGGGUUAUAGGGCAAUAGACACCGCCUACAUCUACGGUAAUGAAAAGCAGAUAGGAGAGGCUAUAAGAGCUAAGAUUGAAGACGGAACUGUGCGACGAGAUGAGUUGUUCAUCAUUUCCAAGUUGUGGAGCACGUUUCACCGCACCGACCUGGUGGAGAAGGCGUGCAGGUCCUCGCUGGACGCCAUGGGACUUGAAUAUUUCGAUCUUUAUUUGAUACACAACCCUAUGUCUUUCAAGGAAGGCGGUGAGGCGAUACCAAAGAUAGCGACAGUGAUCCAGUACUCGCGAUUCGAUUACCUGGACGCGUGGUAUGGCAUGGAACAGCUGAUGACGAAGGGCCUGGUCAGGAGUAUAGGAGUCAGCAACUUCAACUCGGCGCAGUUGCAGAGGAUACUUGAUAAGGGGAAGAUCAAGCCGACAGUCAAUCAGGUGGAAUGCCACCCGUACCUUACCCAACAAAAACUGGACCUCUUCUGCGAAGAGCGAGACAUCAAGCUGAGCUGUUUCGGAGUACUAGGCUCAAAGGGAACGCCUGCCGAGUACAAGAGCACACUACCUCCUGUUAUUGAUGAUCCCCUGGUACAAGUGAUGGCUUCCGGCCUCAAUGUUAGCCCCGCACAACUACUUAUAAGAUAUCAGCUAGAUAGCGGCCGGAACGCGGUGGUAAAGUCAUCGUCCGCCAAGCGGCUGUGGGACAACCUGCAAGCGCUGACCUUCACGCUGUCCCAGGGCCAGGUGGAAGCUCUGCACGCGCUCAACAGAAACAAGAGGACCUUCACGUUCAUUGGAAUGGGCGACACACACAAGAACUAUCCCUUCAAAAUCGCAUUUUAAAGAUAUUAUAGUUAUACAAUAUUAUCAUAAGUAUAUUAAUUUAUAGAUAGGGUUUAAGUGAGGUAAAAGGAACAACAUGUUCUCCACCCAAUGGCACAUCUUGAGCGAAACGUAAUGAAAGAUGUCUUCGAAAUGUACAGCAGCACGAAACUCCAGUACCCGUCCAUCGCGGCGUCUCUUGCUCUGAACCUUACUUAUAAACCCACUUACUUUCCUAAAUGUCGAACUAAAGAAAUAUAAACUAGAGUUACCUCUA